AGUGAAAUAUAACCUCACUUUCGCUUGUUUUUAUUUUGAAAUCGGAAUUAUUUCAGUGAUUUGAUUUUAAAUUAAAAUAUGAACUUAGAAAUAUUUUUUUCAUGAAAAGUGUGAUAUUAAGGUAACUCAACAUUCAUAUUGCGCGAGAAGGUAUAAAAAUUUUGAAAUCAAAACCACUCUUUGGAGCUUCCGGAAGAUGUGUAAGUAAUAAAUUUUCACUGCUAUAAAAAUCUAUUUAAUCACACGUAUCUUUUUUAUUUGCUUCUGAUUUUUACAAGAUCAUUAACCCUCGAAAAUUUGCUGAACUGCUGUUACUGAAGAAAUGGUUCUAAGAAUCUCAAGAAUGAUAUUUUUCUCUAUUCAAUCAGUGCGUGGAUUAUUGUUCGAUUGUGGUGCUUUAUAGUUGUCAAGGAAGAGAAGAAGCUUCGAAGAAAACUAACGAAUCUGUGGUCAUGUCCAACAACUCAUGAAUUCCUGCUGGACAGAUUCAACUUAAUUACCAUACAUAAGAAAUUUCUCCUAUAACUUCCUGGACAGCAAUACCUCAAACAUGCCACCGAGCAUGGUAAAUGUUUCCUCUGAUAAACCGUCGGUGCAAGGGUAAUUUUGUGAUGGAUUGAACAUUACCAACAUAAUAUAACUUUCCGCAUUUGAUUUGGCCUAGAAUAUUUCUAACAAUUCCAUACUUCAUGGUGAGCCUAGAAUGAAUAAAAUUUCACAAGAACUAUUAUUUACUACUAAAAAAAUUUAAUUAAGAGGAUUUAAGGGAAUAAAAAAGGUACACACAGAAACAUUGAAAAUUCUUAAACAGAAACACCCAGAAAUUUAAUUUAAAAUCCCAUCCAAUGAAUGCCUAUGCCCUAAUUCUAAAUCCUUGAUCAUUUAGUUUUAGUUGCAAUUUGCAAAUCUGUAGACAUUUUUUCAUUUUCCAUCUAAUGCUGAACUUAAGUUCCCGAUCUCUUAACUUUUAAGAGCUAGGGAUUCUAGCCCAUUUCUUUCGCUCAGAGCUUCUAAACUUAAACGCCUCGGGGAUUCACGUCCAAUUUAAGUUCCCAGGAUCUUAUAUAUUCUUAAAUUUAGAGUCAAAAUUUUUCUGUGUGUAUUUACUUACUAAGAAAAUGUAAAAUUUUCACUAAAUUUCACUUCAAAAGUACAAAUCGACAGCUCCAGAGGUGUCGAUAAAUUAGUGGCGAGAAUUAUCGACACUAGCGACAAAAAAUGCAAGUUAUCAUCUCAAUCGCCCAUAAUCGACACUAGUGAUGGGACAAUUAGAGAGAGUUAUCAUGUCACCCCAGGACUUCCUGGACUUCCUGUAACUAAUAUAGAUAUUUAACAACAGUGACAUUCUUUUAAGAAUGCGUAAAAAUUCAAUAUUCGGUUAACCCAUUCCUUACCAUGGUAUUAUACAUCAUACGGAAAUUGAGAGAUUUUAGAUGAUUUAUUCCAAGGAAAUUAAUAUUCGAAUUUAUGUCGGGAAUGGAUUUUUAAUUACUUUAGUCCUUCAAUUACUUGGAAAAAAUAGUCCGACAGAGUUGGGAACACAUGUUGUUGUUCUUUUCUUGCUUCGCGUGAAGUCAUACAAAAAUUUUGCUCAAAAUGGCGGACGGAAAAAUCGACAUCCCGUCGAAUUUGUUAAAAUUGACCUUCAUCCUCUUUCCUGAUUUGAAUUCUGAUUACCAAUUUGCUUUCUUGGAUAGUUAAUCUUUCUAAAUCAAAAGAGUUUGUAAUGAAUUAAUGUAUAGAAUUUAAAUUCAGUGACCGUUAAGACGCGUAUUUGAGGGCGGAUCCCCGCGCCCCCAUAAUGGAUAAAAUUUUUUUCCUUUCAAAAAAUUCAUCUAUUAAUCUGUAGGAAACUAAUCCCAAAAUAUGAACAUUCUAUCUCAGGUAUUUCUGGUACAUUGACUGAAUGGGUUAAUCUAACAGAUAUGCAAGAUUUAUCGAUACUAUCGAUUCGAUAGUGUCGAAAAGUUAUCAUUCCACCGAUUACACCCCAGGUUCAGGGUUUCAUCUGCAAUUUGUCUCACUCACUCAGUGCAAUCGAUUGCAAUGACACGGAACUUAUCAUCUCAUUCAUAUAAUAAUCAGUUGGUAUGUCGAGAGUAGACAAAUUAUACUUCAAGACUAGCUUCAAAAACUUAUUCCUAAAUCCUUGAAGGACUGGAACUGAUUCGCUUCAAUACCGCUUCCAUUGUCACUUCUGUAGUCGGAGAAUUUCAGCUCAAAUUGACCGUUUUGUGGAUGAAUUUGAACAGCUAUAUUGCAUGUGCGGAUAAUUGAGAUAAGCCAGACGCAAAAAUUGACAAGAGGCACUUGACAUCACCAGAAAACCCCACUCCCUGCCUUUACCAUCGGCACCACGAGGUGAUUUGACAGCUGAAUUUUCCGGCGGUGUGCUGUGAAAAUAUUAUUUCACAAUACACCAGUUGUUUGUCGUCAAUCGCAGCAGCAGUCAGUUGUGCAAAUUGUGCUAGAAUUGUUAUUUGUCGAGGAGUGUCUGGUGUGUACAGUAUUGGGUAACUUCGGGUGCAAGAGGAGAAGAUUCAAAAGGGGUAGUAGCGGUAGUAGCCAAAGAGUGUUCGGGGAGAGAAGACGCACAAAUUAGAGGAAGUUUUUAACUGAAGUACGAAGGAGUAACAGAAAAAAAAGGAAACAGAUAAAAAUGGCCAGUGGUCAGGCGUUACUAAAUGGCGAGGAUAAGCAUCAGAAGAAAGGAGUUACUGUCGUCCUGGGAGCUCAGUGGGGUGAUGAAGGAAAGGGAAAGGUUGUCGAUAUGCUGGCCACGGACAUGGAUAUUGUGUCUCGGUGUCAGGGAGGCAACAAUGCAGGUCACACAGUUUGUGUUAAAGAUGUCGAAUAUGACUUCCAUCUGCUUCCCAGUGGAAUUAUCAAUGAGCAUUGUAUAUCAGUGAUUGGGAAUGGUGUUGUUAUUCAUUUGCCGGGACUGUUUGAUGAGCUGAAGAAAAAUGAGGCAAAAGGACUCAGUGGUUGGGAGAAGCGUCUGAUGGUGUCAGAUCGAGCACAUUUGGUCUUUGAUUUCCAUCAGCAAGUUGAUGGUCUGCAGGAAGCUGAAAAGGGGGGAAAAUCUCUGGGAACGACGAAGAAGGGUAUUGGACCUACGUACUCCAGCAAAGCCACAAGGAAUGGCAUCAGGGUGGGUGAUCUUCUUGGGGACUUUGAACAGUUCAGCGAGAAGUUCCAGUCUUGCAUCUCACUCUACCAGCGAACGUUCCCGGAAAUCAAUGUUGAUGUUGAAGCUGAGCUGAAACGCUACCGGGAAUUUGCUGAAAGACUCCGUCCGCUCGUUGGAGACACAGUUUUCUUUAUGCACAAAGCCAUCAAGGAUGGCAAGAAGGUGCUCGUGGAGGGUGCCAAUGCAGCAAUGUUGGACAUUGAUUUUGGCACUUAUCCUUAUGUUACUAGCAGCAAUUGCAGCAUCGGUGGAGUCCUCACUGGACUCGGCCUUCCACCUCAGGUUAUUGGUGAUGUUGUGGGUGUUGUCAAGGCCUACACAACUCGCGUGGGAGAUGGACCAUUUCCCACAGAGCAGCGCAAUGAAAUUGGUGACACUCUGCAGGCGCGUGGUUUUGAAAUUGGCGUCACGACUAAGAGGAAAAGACGCUGCGGAUGGUUGGAUUUGGUUCUCCUGCGCUACACCUCCAUUGUCAAUGGGUACACGCAUUUGUGCCUAACAAAACUCGACAUCCUGGAUACAUUUAAGGAAAUCAAAGUCGGCAUUGGUUACAAAUUGAAUGGAAAGCGCAUUGAGAACUUCCCAGGAUCCGUUACAGAUCUCGCUAAUGUCGAGGUGGAAUAUGCCACACUUCCAGGAUGGGAGACUUGCACUGAGAAUGUGAGGGAGUUCAGUCAGCUGCCGAAGAACGCUCAGGAUUACGUGCGAUUUAUUGAGAAUGAUCUCAAAGUUCCGGUGAAGUGGGUUGGAGUGGGAAAAGGACGAGAGUCCAUUAUAAAUGUUUAUUAAAAGUAGACUAUAUUGUGGGGGGAGGAAGGAAGCACCAAAUAUAAGCAAAAGACACCGUCGACAAUACACCCCUAAAAAAAAUAGAAAAAUAAUGAAGAAUAAAAAAAAGAAGCGAAAAAAUCAA